AUGAUAAUCCCAUCGCCCCUCAUAACUUUCCUCCCCCUUCUCAUCUCCCUCACUAUCGCACUCCCCUCUCCCCUCCGCUAUUCUCUUUCCGCCCGCGAACCCUCUCUCGCCGCAGAAGAAACAUGGCACAUCCCCCGCCUAAACAUGCACAUGAUGAGCACCAGCACCGGCAUCCCCGGCAGCGGGCCUUGGCCCGAAAGCUCAAAGUUCGAUUCUACGAUCGACUUUGAUGUGGUGGUGCCUGAGGAGGCUCCCCUAGGAACAUCGAAAUGGAAUUGCAAGGGUACGAUGAAGAACGGUACUAUUAUUGAGGACGUGGUGGGCUGUGUGAAUGAUCAGGGUGGAGUAGGUGAUGUGUCGUUUGGAAUGACGGGAUAUGCGGCGCUUGGUGAACGGAGGCCGGAGUUGAGCUUUUGGCUGUGGGUUCAUCGCGUCGGCAUACUUGACGGCGCAACGGCGAUUACGGCGAACGACCCACAGGAAUCGAGUAGCUACCUCACGUGUCUUCUUGGCAGACCGUUCGAUGGACUGAGGUGCGAGAUUGGGAGUUACCUGAGUGUGAGAAAGGAGCUUGUUAUUGAGGGGUCGGAGGUGCGUUGA